AUGUUCGGCUCCUAUGAACAUCAACCACCUUCGCCUGCUCUAUCUUCAUGCGACAUGGAAUCCAUCGAUGAUAUGCCCCCGCCAUCGGUCUCAUCUCAACUGUCAAUGAAUGACGACUUAACAAUUUCCAAUCGAUUGAAUAUCACGGCCCUACAAAACUCAGUGUCACUUCGUUUCAAGAAAAAACGUAAACGUAAACUUGAACCCGAUACGGUUUCGCUUCGUUCACUUGAAGAACUCGUUGGUGAUCAUUUCCAACGUAAAAAACGUCUCUCUCUCCCACGUUUAUCAUCAGUAUCUGAACUUUUAAGUCCCAUGUGCGAUCGAGUUAUUAACAUGUUACAAACAACCAAACAGUCGUCAUCAGCAAAUCUACACAAUCUCUUGAAUAACAACACAAAUUCGACUCAUAAUUACAACAUUAGACGGAAAGGUUCCACAUCACAACAAGCGACCAAUGGUAUUUCGUCACCGAAUACGAUUAAAAAGUUUCGUGCUGCUUGGUCAGAAACUUGCGAUGGAGAAAAAUUGAAACAAACAAUGACAGCAACAGAAAUCGAACGACAAAAUGUUCUCUAUGAGUUAUUCUCAGAAGAACAACAAAUGAUUGAAAAUCUUGGUUUAGCACAACGAGUCUAUCGAAACGGCAUGAAAACAUUGAAUAUCCUCAAUGAUUUCGAAUUAAAACAAAUCUUUGGUCCGUUAGAAGAUAUUUUGCCAUUACAUGAAGAUCUUCUCUUUCGGUUGAAACCCAAGGGUAAUUCUUCGAUCGAUGCUGUAGGUCAGAUCUAUUUAGAAUGGUUUCAACGAAUUCGUUCAUCUUACGUGUCAUACUGUUCGAAUUUAAUCAAUGCAAAAGAAUUACUGGAUGCAAAACGAUGUGAAGAGAAUGGCCGUGUUGAUGAUUAUCUCAAGCGAUGCACUGACUCAGGAUUUAGUCGUAAACUUGAUCUAUGGGACUUUCUUGAUCAACCACGAAGCCGGCUGAUGAAAUAUCCAAUCCUGUUCAAACGUAUUCAUAAACGAACUAAAGAUAGUCAUGAAGAUAAACGAAUCCUGCUGGAAACGAUCAAUAUUGUGGAAGAAUUGAUCAAUGAUGUUAGUCAAGCAACAUCAGCACAGAUUUGUUCGAAUAUAAUUGCUAAACUUGUUUAUACAAAUGACGAACAGAAACAUUCGUUAAUCGAAACACAAACACGUUUGAUCUGUCAAGGCGAAUUGAAGAAUAAUCGUGGUCAAAAAUUACAUGUCUUUUUAUUUGAUGAAAUCAUUUUGUUUACUCGUAUUGCUACACGUAAUGGUGUGAAAUCUUACCAAUUAACGAACUAUCCAAUCUCAGUCGAAUUCUUACGUAUUGAAGAUAUUGAAGAUGGAGUGAAGAUUCCCGAAUUAUCAUCGGGGAGUUUUUCCAGAACGUUAGCUGGAUCAAAAUCAGCUCGUAAUGUAUUUCGUUGUUCAUCUGUUUUCUCAUCAGACAAUAACAAUAAUCGAAAUAAUUCGAUGUUAUUGCAAGCACGCGAUAUCUAUGAUAAACAACAAUGGUUAAGUGCUUUUAGAUCAUUGAAAAUAACUAACGGUUAA